AUGAGCGAGGUAAAAGAGGCUGCUCAGGGGAUAUGUUGGCUUGAGGAAACGGGAGACAAGCUGAGUUCUCGUUACAUCAUUCUUGAGCUGGUCCCAAGACGUCGAUAUAUCUUUGUUAUCGCAUCACCUUCUCCUGAGCUGGGAGAAGAAUACAGGUCGGAACACAGGGGCAGACUAAGUAACAUGUUCUGCAGGAUGCACAAGGGCUGCUUCUCCGACCCGGAAACUAUCCCCGCGUUGCACCCGCCUUGCAUUUUCUGUGGCGUCUCUGCUCUCGAGGCUCUUACGCACGUUAGACGCGUCCUUCUUGAAUUCGAAAUGAUUUUGUUGGUCGCAGGACGACGGGCUAUGCGAGAGGAGCUUGACCUCCACAUGCAGGUUGAACCGUCAUCUUUGUUCUACUCCGAGAAGAUAAGGCUCGGCCAAGCCCGAGCAGACCGCCCGUUACCGCUGAUCCUGGAUUCACGUCAGACGAUAAGAGCAAAAGGAAAAGAGAAAGAUGCCUUGUUGGACUACCAAAGAACGUACCCGGGCGUACUGCAGAGCCACGACGGACUCGCGCGGUCGUCUGCGCACAAGAUAUGGUCUGUUCGCAUCCCACAACCCCUCUGUCUGUCCUGCCAGCUGGCGAUUGUUGCACCGUUUUCCCCUGAGCUGAAAGGUGCGCGCGGCCGGCCGAUCGGCUUUGUGUGUUCAAAGUGUUGCCUUUUGGUUCUCCAAAGGAGAGGGGGGAAGGUUCCGUUUGCCGUUAUCGGCAGACGAAGCACAAAGGCGGGCAAGGGCAAGUACGUUGGUGGCGCGUUGGAAGGACCCAAGGGAAGGGAAGGCAAGAGGGAUGAAAGAGUCGAAACAGGAAAGAUGGCGCGAUACAAAUAUGGUUGAGCACGCGGCGCAAGAGGCAGAAGGUCAAAAGUAGAAAGUGCGAAGGCUUCUUAUUGGACGGUGGAUCAAACCGAGUCUAUACUGUGUAGUCGAGG